AUGGUACCGUGGCUCAAAGUGGCCGUCGGCUCUGCUCUCGCCCUCAAUUACUCCAUACCGCUGUUGGUGAUCGGCCGGACCAAGACACUGCAUGACGAGCCGAUGGCACUGCUCGUGGCGAACCUGGCGCUCGGCGACCUACUGUUUGUCCUGAAUCUGCUGCUGAUUGGUAGCCUGGACCUCAUUUUUAACCACGUCCUGUAUGUCGUCUGCCAGUCGGUUCAGAUAGCUGCCAGCUCUCUUGCAAUCUCUCUGAAGAUGGCGCAGAUGCUGGUCGCCCUCGACCAGUUCAUUGCCGUCGUCUAUCCGCUGCAUUACCGCGACAUCAUGGACCGCUGGAUUAAAUGGCUGCUUGUUCUGCCUUGGCUGGCUGUCCUGUUUACGGCUGUGGCGGGGGCCGCCUGUUCUGCCCUCCAGAUCGGCACCCGCUGGAUCAGCAUGCCCACACUAGCAUCAAUACUCCACCUUACUCGUCUCGGCUGCUUGGCUGCAGGAGCGUGGGUCUACAGCAUGAGCCACGUGCUCAUCCGCAAGGCGUUUAGCAGCAGCCUCCAGCCCCUUCGAAACCUGUUUCGUCGUGGGGAAUCUGGCAGCUCUGUCCAACCAUCAGGCUAA